AUGCCAUCUUUGGUGGGACAAGAAUUGAUCGUAACGCAAUUAGGCGAACAACAUCGUAUUUCCGUUUCUCAUUGUCAAAACAAUUGUGCCACCGGAGACUCAUCAGAUAACAAUGCCACAAUAGCCCUAGGAGAAAUGAUUACUAAUUUUAUUAGAGAAGUCAUGCCAAAACCUACAUCAUCUACUAUAAAGUCAAAUUCCUUUACGUCUCCACGGAGAAGACAAAGUGCUAAAAAGCAGUCACCUCUGGAUUCCCCGACACACGACACCGCCAGUGUUGCAACUAGUUCAUGUCGUUACGAUAGCUCGCUUGGUCUUCUCACAAGAAAAUUUGUUAGUCUCUUAAAAGAAGCAAAAGAUGGUGAUUUAGACUUGAACACAGCAGCCAAUUCAUUGCAAGUACAAAAGCGUAGAAUAUACGAUAUUACCAAUGUUUUAGAAGGAAUUGGAUUAAUUGAGAAAAAUUCAAAAAAUCAUGUUCGUUGGAAAGGUGUACAACAUCUGCCAUUGACAUCUUCAUUAUGCCAGGACUAUAAACAAAAGAUAAGAGAACUUCAAGCUGCCAAUGCUACUCUUGAAUCUGAAAAAUUAGAACUUGAAAAAGCCGAUCAAGAUGUGGAUAACUGUAUUAGAAAUAUAUAUGAGUCUGAAGAGAGUGCAAGUUUUGCAUUUAUAUAUCCAUCAGAAAUUGAACAUAUUGAUGCUUUCCAUGAAGAUAUUUUGAUAGCAAUAAAGUCACUUUCAGGGACACCUUUGCAGAUAUUUGAAACGGUUGAGGUUCAUAUACACGAUCCAAAUAUUCAACAAGUUCAUAUUUUUCAACUCUCAGACGAUAAUCCAGGACACCACCACUUUGAUAUGACAAAUAACCAUUCCACACGUGCAUUUACUCAACAAAGUCAGCCAUUGAAUAUUCGAAAUGGAGAUCCUCUUCAACAUAAUAUUUCCCAUCCAUCUCAAUUUUCUCAUAUGUCUUUGAUACCAACACCUACUGAUGAGGAUUAUGAUAUGCUUGAUGAUAGCAUGACGGUCGCGAAGGGUUAG